GCGACCGAACAACACAAGCUGUCGGAAUCACGAAUGCCGUCUGAACAGUUCGAGCGCACAUUUUGACAUGACGAAAAAACUCCCCUAGCAUGGCGUACGAGCGAAACAAACCAAGUUAGACUACGAGUGAAUGCGUUGCAAGUCAUUUGGGUUCAAGCGGUGACGAUGCGGCGUUCAAGGUCAAUUUUCUGUUCUACGAGGUCAUCGGGCCUCAUCGGGCGCGAGCAAGCGCGGCCUCCGAAGGGGAAGGCGGAGUGAGCGCUCGCGCGCUUAUGCGAUCUCGGAGGGCCAGCGCACGUCAUCGUGCUGCGGUGGCGGGCGAGCGCAACAUGUCUGCGGGCUCAGGCGGCCCAGCGCCGGGACCCGGCGGCGGCCCCGCGGGGGUCGGCCCCGGUGGCUCCAACCCCCGCAAGUUCAGCGAGAAGAUCGCCCUGCACACGCAGCGGCAGGCCGAGGAAACGGCCGCCUUCCAGGAGGUCAUGAUGGACAUCACGUCGACGCGGCUACAGGCUCAGAAGCUCCGCCUGGCCCGCACGCAGGGCCCGUACUACGGCGGCUCGCUGCCCAACGUCAACCAGAUCGGCCGCGGCCCUCACGACCCGCAGAGUCCCUUUCCGCUGGAGUCUGCUCGCUCCACGCGUCAUCACGGCUUAGUGGAGCGCGUUCACAGGGAGCGCCGCUUCGUAUCACCCGUCGGGCCCUACCGCAACCGACAGGUGGACAACGCUCCCUACAACUACUCGUACUUGUCUCCCCCCACGGACCCCAGCUGGAGAAGGAAUUGGGCCGGAAUCUUCCCGGGGGAUAAAAGCCUGUUGCGUCUCCCGAGCACGGCGCUCAACAGGACCAACUCGGACUCGGCGCUCCACACCAGCGUGAUGAACCCGCCGCCCGGCGACCCCUUCGCCGCGAGAGGUCACGCCCACGGCGGAAGACACAACGUUUUUCCGUUCCCCGUCCCGCCCAUCGAGGAGAACGUGAUGGAAGACGGCAAGCUCCUCCCCAACAAAGCUUGGGACGCCAAGAAGUUUCCCAUGAUGACCUCCAGACCAAAGUCGUGUGAAGUUCCUGGAAUCAACGUGUUCAUGUCGCCGGAGCAACCGUCGGCCCCCGCCCACGGCGUGCCCCCGGCGCUCAACAUCAGCGGUUCGCUGCCGGACCUUUCCAGCCUUCACUUCCCGUCGCCGCUGCCCACGCCGCUGGACCGGGACGAACCCGCCUACCCCGGCGGUAGCGCGGGCAACCUGGCGUCAACGCUCACCCAGCUGGGCAUCGACGCCGACCCGGGCGACGGCUCUUUCCGCCAUCAACACCAAGCGGGCACGGCGGGCAACCCGUCCCUGCAGUCGUCGCUGAGCAACCCCAACAUCCAGUCGUCGCUGAGCGCCCGCCCCUUCGGCAACUCUCUGAGCUCGCCGUCGUCGCUGAGCAACCCCUCGCUGCGCUCGUCCCUGGGCUCCUCCCCCUCCCUGCCUUCUUCCCUCAGCGGGCAAUCGCUGCAGUCCUCCCUCAGCGGCUCCUCCCUGCAGUCGGGCGGCAACCCCGCCUCCUACGCGCCGCCGCUCAGCACGUCGCCGCGGAGACGGCCGCAGCCUUCGCCGACGAUCCCGCCCGGCGUGGGAGCGGACGCCCGGCGGCAUCACGCCAAGCCGUUUUCGCCCACCGUCUCGCCCGCGCUGUCCUCCAUCGCGCAGGGCGUGGCCCUGGACACCAGUAAGAUGGUGUUGGAUCAACGCUUAACGUCUUACCCGUUGGGCCAGCAGCACCAGGGUGCAUCACCCCACCAGCAGCCCCUCCUGACUCAGCAUCCGGCGCAGAUGGUCCACCUCCAUCAGCCGGCGCCGCAGAACCUGCUGAGCGCUCAGCACUUUACCACGCAGCAGCAGCAGCAACAUGCGGGCACCUGUCAGGCGGGUUCGCCGCUGGCCAAGAGCGGCAGCAUGUUGGAGCAGUACCUCCACGGCGCGCUGAACUCACAGGUUCCACUCAAGCAGGAGGCGGACCCGCAGAGGAGCGGCAGUCUCCCCCAAUCGCAGCUGGCCCCCGACCUCUACAAUGACGCCUUGCUGAACUCUCUGCUGGACGACUCGUACCUGCAUCUACAGCUCGACGGCAAAGCCGCCCAGCAGUUCACCACGGAGAGCCCGAGCGGUGGCGGCGGCGGGCGAGCGGACUCUCAGGCGGCCCAGCAGUCCGGUUUCCAAAGCCUCCUCAACAACCAGAACCAGAACCUCAACUACGGCGGCGGCGACACUCGCCACAACGUCCCCAACAUCAUCCUGACCGGAGACUCCCCGCCAGCUUUGUCCAAAGAGAUUACCAGCGCCCUGUCCCACGUGCCGGGUUUCGAGAUGGACCCCUUCUCCCUGGACGACCCGCUGAGGAUGGACGCCUUGGCGCUGGACAUGCUGGAGGGCGACCUGAUGCUGGCCGACCCCGCCGUGGAGGACUCCUUCCGCUCGGACAGACUCAAGUGAGACGGAAGAGAAAGGAAGGAAAGCGGCUGCGGCCGCCGACCCCCUUCCUCACAAAUCAAGUCGAUCGGGGAAAAAAAGGACGGACGGCUCUCCUCGCCCUCACCGCGCCCCGAGGGCAUUAAGCGGCCCAAAAAACGCUUCCCCCGCGUUGUCGUGUUUCUGCCCGGAAAGUUCUGAGCAGCUCGAGGUCCGCGGGCCGCCACGCUUUUCGCAUUCGCUCGGCUGAACUGGCGGGCCGCCGUCACAUUUCGGCGACGGCGAUAGACGUCCGAUCCGUUCGGACCGAUGACGACGACUUGAAAAGUUGAACCCGUAGCGGGAAAGAUCCGACGGGAGGAACCUUAUAAAAAUAGACGGCCGGCGAUCGUACGACGGCUCUUCUCGUCACCGACCCGUCCGUGUCAAGCCGCGUUGUGUCAUCACGGUCAGGAACGGAGCAGUAACAUCUGUCCCCAUCAAAAAAAAAAAAAAAAAGAUGUGCCGUAUUUAAUAGGGACGGAAAGCUCUGGGUAGUUUGCGAUACGAUUAGCGAUACAAGGCUAACAAUCUCACGAUAUGGCAAUACAACAAUCAUGAGUCAGGAAAUGGUUUUACUUCCUGUUUUCGGGGCAUUUAUGGAUCACGUCCUUUUGAUUUGGGGUUAUUGAACAGGAAGUUGUCAGGGAAUUUUUGAACUCUGAGACAAGUAUCAACAAAUGGCUCAAAUGAGAGAAAAUAAUCAGACUCAGCUAAGGAUUGCCUACUUCAAGGACUUUAUAGAUAAACAAGAUAUAUGUAUCUCAAGGGUACAAACAAUGUGAUCCUGUGACCACGCAGAAGUACAAGUAGAUAAUACAAGUCAAGCCUCUACAUACUGAAGAAAGGGCGUUAGCUAGGCUUACUAUGAAACGAUACUUACUAUGAAAGCAGAAAUGAAACUUAUUACAGCCCAACUCUGGUGAUUUUCCACAGAAAAACAUCCUGCGUUACGACCUCGAGCACUAGCUCUAGCUGGUACGAGAGGGAGUCAAAUCAGAUAAGGUAGUCAACAGAUACCCAUUGUAAAAUGUUCAAAGGAAUAUAUGAAGCACACAUAUUUGGAUCGCACGAACAUGAAUACAGUCUCACAUGCAAGCAUAUAGUUUCACAGCAGUUAAUAAGUGUGUUUUAUAAGCACGAAUACAAUAUUCUUUCACAGAAGUGACCUGAGAAUGUCCCCAAAUGUGACUCCAAAUCGACAUAAAGUGACCUGUAAAUGCUCCAAAACCGGUGCUCCCUUUCAGUGCCUUUGAUGGCGCUAGACUGCUAAUCCGGUCUAAAUGAAUUAGGGCUGGACCUAUCAAUUAUUUUAGUAGUUGAUUCAGAAUAUUUAUUGUCAUUGUUACAAAGAAAGCACAACGAAACUUUGUUUGGAGCAUCCAUCCAGCUCAUACAGCUAAGUUGGUAAAGUGCAAACCCAUAAAAUAAAUACCCAUCAGUACCAAGUGUAAACAUUGACACAGUUUUGGACAUAUGUACAGCAAAGAUUCAACAGCAGCAUGAGGUCGUGUCGCUGUUGAAUCUUUGCUGUACAUAUGUCCAAAACUGAUGAACUAGGUAGGUACUAGUAGGAACAUAAAAAACUAGGCAGGACUGAACGGGCCCCCUCGCAGUUUGGCGCAGCUCUGACGUCACGCAGGUCAAGUCCUAACCAAUCAUCUUAUGAGAACCUAACAUGCUCGAAACUCACCUCUUUUUUGAGAUUAGAAAUACAUUCACGCAACUAGGAGAAAAAACCCAAUUGGAGAGAGUACUACCAAAAAGGGGACGCUACUGAGCUGUGCGACCACGCCCUUAUUCAAAACCAAAAUGUAUCUUGGAAUUGAGCCCAUUUCUGUACCUUUUAAGCUGCCUAAGUCCCUGAAAAAGUCUUCCUUUUAACGGUGAACAAAGGGUGGUCACGGCAACCGACAGACGUGGACGUUGUUCCUGUUCCCACUAGGGGGCGCCAGGCCUAAUGGGUAAUAUUUUAAUGCAGUUGUGUUCAGGCUGGGAUACCUCUCAUACAUGCCAGAUAUGAAAAAGACUGCACCUUGUAUCAUGGAGUUAUUAGUCAUUCACUGAAUUUGCCGUGUUGCCACAAAAUGACUGACUUUGGUCAGGCCGGUGAAUGAAACCUCACCAUUUUAAUAAUUAAGAUAUAUGUCUCAUGAACAGUCUCACCAAUUUUGAAGAGUAACUCCUGAGGCGCCAAGGUCUUAAAUGCGCACCCUGUAAAUCUGUAAAAAUUUCACAUUCAAUCCAAAAUACCUGAUUUCCUCUUGUGUUUGGAAUAUAAGUGCAAGAGACUUUUUGGAGCGGUUUUGCACAACAUAUCGACUGUGCAAAUUUCAUCGCACUACAUUAAAAAAAAAAAAAAACUUGGAGAGGCCUAUUUGAAAAAUUCAAGGAGGUGCCAUUGGGCCAUUUUGUUACAUUUUUUCGCAGUGUUGCAAAGUUAUCGAAAUUUACGCUAAGCCACAUGUAUGUGCAGAUUUUGGUGACUUUUCGAGCAUGUUCAGGCCUCCAAAUGGGCAGUUUUCAUUUGCUAUGAAAAAAAAAUCCUUUGCAUUCCAAUAGGGCUCUCGUACCAGUUGGGGCUCGGGCUGUAAUUAAAAUGAGCUGAGGAUCUAGGUACAUCAAAAGAACAAUUGGCUAACUUAUAUAGCAAAAGUCUGCUAGCUUAAAUGCUAUAAAAAGCUUUUUUUUUUAAAAAAAAAAAAAAAAAAAAAAAGUGCUCUUAACAAAACGUCUUAACACAUUCCCACAAAAAGUGGCUAAAUAUACCUGUAAACUAAAUUACAAAUGCAUUUUAAAAAAAAACAAGCUAAAUUUUUGUUUGAGCUAAUGUUGGUCUUAACGGGGAGCAGCUGGAUUCAGCCAUGUAAAAUGAGUUAUGUCAUAUUCACUUGCCACUAGAGGGCAGUGUAUCCACCAAAAUCAGUCAAACAAAAUGCAAACACUUUCAAGGCAAACGCCACUACGAAACGAACUUUUAACUCGCGCCAUUUACAAGCAAUUGUCAUCCGUCAGGGGUUCCUCCCGGUCCAAACGGGUCGGACGUCCGGUGCCGUCGACGGCAGCCAAUGAGAUCAUGUGCCAGGUUGUCUCGCUGGCAAAAGUGUACUCGUAGCCGGACUACUAUUUUCCGUACUCGCCGCUUCGCUAUGCAACCGCCAGAGGGUUUUGAUGGGGGCGGGAUCACGAUUGGCCCAAAUGCGACGGGAAGCACGUACGCGCGCUGGCGUGCGCACACUCAGGAAAGUCCUCGCUCAAGCUCAUCUUGGAACGGAUUUGAAAAAUCUCUCUCUCUCUCUCUCUCUCUCUCUCUCUCAGGCGUGUUUGAACAGCAAGUUGAAAGUGUGACGCUUUUAUGCAAGCAGUGGCGGGGAAUGGGCAUCGUGGACGUUUGCAGCCAUAUUUGCUAUUUUCACGUCACCUUUUUACAAGUGGAAUGUUCUAAUGCUUUUAGGCUGAAAUAAUCAUUUGUAAUAAGCAGGGACAUCUUUGUACAUUUGAAUGUUUGCAAAGCAGCUAACAGAGAUUUAUAAAACUGUUACCUUAUGUUUUCGUUUUUUUUGUAUGCAGUAAAUAAACUGUCAAUUGUCACACGCAGACUGGAGCGUGCUACUUCAAAAUAAAAGCAGCAGUACCGAAAAACAAAAAGCACCAUUUGGAGAGGAUGAAA